ACAACGGUAGCCAUCUUGAAGAAUGUGGGGACAAUAGACUGGGAUAAGGAUUGAUUGAAUAUGUCCGUAAACACACCAGCCAGCCGGUCUGUGCAUGCGCUGAGGACGUGGUUCGGGAUGCUGUCUGGGCGAACACGUUUAAAUGUUUUACUCACGUCAGCCACGGAGAAGGAGAGGGGGCGCAGUCCUUGUUAGCGGGCCGCGACGGUGACACUGUGUUAUCCUCAAAGCGGGCAAAGAAGGUGUUUUGUUUGUAUGGAAGCGUGACCUCGGUAUCCGUGACGUGGCUGGUUUUCUUUUUGUAGUCCGUGAUUUCCUCUCAGAUCACACAGAAUGUCACCAUGCCAGUGAUUGAAGUGGAUUUACCAAGUGACAUCAAUAAGGGAUCAUAGCUUUCACCUGGAUUCACAUGGUCAGUCUAUGUCAUGUUUUGUACAAUCAGUAUAUAUACAGUAGUUACAAAGGUGACCAAUGAAGUGUUCACACAGGUGAGAGACAUGCUUAAGCAUUUGACAGGGGCAGGGCCAACCUGUAUUGGAUGAACAAGAAGGGGGACAGACGCUGCGCCAUCACUGGCAUGGUGAUGAUCUGUGUGAUCUGAGAGGAACACUUCACGGCAGACCACCCCUUCCUCUUCUUCAUCAGACAAUAAGACUAACUACAUCCUCCUCCUCGGCAGGUUUUCCUCUCCUCAUUGGAAUAGGGAUGGUAUUGUAGUAACAACUGAAUACACCAAGCCAAAUGAAAAAUUAUAUUUAGUUUGGACAGUAUCAUUGUGAAUGAUGAUGGUUCCCCCUUACACUCUGUUAAGAUUUGAAUUGAAUAAUGCAAUUGACACAACCUUCCUUAUCUGUUGAAGGAUCCAAACAAUGGUCAAAACAUCUACAAUCCUAUUAGAAAAUGUUGUGGUGUGAUUAUUUAUUUUACAAUAUUUCCAUGUUGGUAGAAAUGAAUCAUAAUCAUCAUAAUAUCAUUUGUUUUAAAGCAAGCACAUUUAGAAUAUAAAUCAUCAUAAAUAAGAAAUGAUUAAAUCAAGAAACACUCAAAUGUAACCGGCAUCAACUGGAAAACAAUACAAAAAUCAGGACUUAUAUAGUAUGUAUUUUGAAAUACAUACAAAUCAUUGUGCAUCUCCUUAUGUUGUAAUCAAUGCGUUAUGUUGUCAGAGGCCCAGCAGCAGAGGGACUAGGCUCAGUCUGAUGGACCAGGCUAUAGCUGUUACAGGCACAUUGGUUAAAGUUACAGAGGCUGUAGUUACAGGGGAUGUAGUUGCAGUUACAGAUACCGGCCCUGUGUUUACAGAUACGGGCCCUGUGGUUACAGAUACGGGCCCUGUGGUUACAGAUACGGGCCCUGUGGUUACAGAUACGGGCCCUGUGGUUACAGAUACGGGCCCUGUGGUUACAGAUACGGGCCCUGUGGUUACAGAUACAGGGGCUUUGGUUACAGUUUCAGGGGACGUUGUUAUAGGUAAAGGGGCUAUAAUUACAGUUCAAGGCGCUGUGAUUAGUUACAGAUGCUACAGAGGCUGUAGAUAAAGGUAAAGAGACUAGAUAAAGGCACAGAGGCUGUAGAUAAAGGCACAGAGGCUGUAGAUAAAGGCACAGAGGCUGUAGAUAAAGGCACAGAGGCUGUAGAUAAAGGCACAGAGGCUGUAGAUAAAGGCACAGAGGCUGUAGAUAAAGGCACAGAGGCUGUAGAUAAAGGCACAGAGGCUGUAGAUAAAGGCACAGAGGCUGUAGAUAAAGGCACAGAGGCUGUAGAUAAAGGCACAGAGGCUGUAGAUAAAGGCACAGAGGCUGUAGAUAAAGGCACAGAGGCUGUAGAUAAAGGCACAGAGGCUGUAGAUAAAGGCACAGAGGCUGUAGAUAAAGGCACAGAGGCUGUAUGUGUUGUAGUUACAGUUACAAGGGCUGUUACAGUUACAGGGAUUGUAGUUACUGGUACAGGGGAUGUAGUUACUGGUACAGGGGAUGUAGUUACUGGUACAGAGGAUGUAGUUACAGGUACAGGGGAUGUAGUUACUGGUACAGGGGAUGUACUGUAGUUACUGGUACAGGGGAUAUAGUUACUGGUACAGGGGAUGUAGUUACUGGUACAGGGGAUGUAGUUACUGGUACAGGGGAUAUAGUUACUGGUACAGGGGAUGUAGUUACUGGUACAGGGGAUGUAGUUACUGGUACAGGGGAUGUAGUUACUGGUACAGGGAAUGUAGUUACAGGUACAGGGGAUGUAGUUACAGGGGAUGUAGUUACUGGUACAGGGGAUGUAGUUACUGGUACAGGGGAUGUAGUUACUGGUACAGGGGAUGUAGUUACUGGUACAGGGGAUGUAGUUACUGGUACAGGGGAUGUAGUUACUGGUACAGGGGAUGCAGUUACUGGUACAGGGGAUGUAGUUACUGGUACAGGGGAUGUAGUUACUGGUACAGGGGAUGUAGUUACUGGUACAGGGGAUGUAGUUACUGGUACAGGGGAUGCAGUUACUGGUACAGGGGAUGCAGUUACUGGUACAGGGGAUGCAGUUACUGGUACAGGGGAUGCAGUUAUAGGUACAGGGGAUGUAGUUACAGGCACAGGGGAUUCAGUUAUAGGUACCGGGGAUUCAGUUACAGGUACAGGGGAUUCAGUUACAGGUACAGGGGAUUCAGUUACAGGUACAGGGGAUUCAGUUACAGGUACCGGGGAUUCAGUUACAGGUACCGGGGAUUCAGUUACAGGUACCGGGGAUUCAGUUACAGGUACAGGGGAUUCAGUUACAGGUACAGGGGAUUCAGUUAAGGGUACCGGGGAUUCAGUUACAGGUACAGGGGAUUCAGUUACAGGUACCGGGGAUUCAGUUACAGGUACCGGGGAUUCAGUUACAGGUACCGGGGAUUCAGUUACAGGUACUGGGGAUUCAGUUACAGGUACCGGGGAUUCAGUUACAGGUACAGGGGAUUCAGUUACAUUGUAGUUCAUUCGCCAGCGAACUGGGGAGGAGAUCUGUAGGAGGAGAACAGAUCUACUGUACAGUAGCUAUAAAUAACUAUUGUUCUGAUCUUGUUGUUGGUAAUGCAAUGGAAACACAUUCAGGAACCAUGUUGUCUGGUUCUCCUUAGUUCUCGUUUGUCCUGGUUCUGAUAGUGGAAUGGAGGCAAUGAGAUAUUACAGUACAGUAGCUCUGACUUUUCUGAUAGCUACUUUAUUGAGGACAAAUAUACUUACUGUAUGAAUUAUAAUCUACAUAAUAAUUACCAUAUAUUAUUGCUGUAGGAUGAUUUUCCCACUGUAGCAAACUGUCUCAAAUUAAGAUCCUAUAAAUGUAAGACACAGUCCGAUCAUAUACUGUAUUUCUACAAACAAUGACAGCUGAAAUGAACACAUUAAAUACAUUGUUGGAAACACAAACAUUACUUAGGUAAUAGACACAGGUAUCUUACCAUUCAGAGUUUGAUUGUUGCAGCCACUGAUGCAGCAGAGCUGGUUAGAGGCAGUGCAAAUGAAGCCCUUGUCUUUUGACACUGGUUUCAGUGCACAGAGGAGUUCUGCAGUUGGAGGUAGUGAUGGAUGCUGCAUUGAGAGUACCUGUAGUGGACAAAACAGGUUAAACAUUAUCAGACGACACAUACACAGGCCUGAAAUAUCUUCUACAUAUUAAUUUUACUCAAAGCAAGACUGUUGUCAAUGACUGAUUAACAAGGCAACAAUAGUAAAAACAUGAUAAGCAUAUGUAAUACAUAUUUAUAUUAGACAGCAUUUGGUCCACUGGACUGAGCAGAAGGAUGUCUGUGUUCUCCUCAAUGUCCAGCUCAGUUGAGCAGUUCUUCAGUGGGAUGGUGGGGGCGGUGAACAUGCCAAGCAGAGCACUAAUCUUGGUCAUCUACACACACGCGUGCAUGCACAAACACACAUGUGCACACACACACACACACACGUUUGUUUUACUAUCCUUGUUGGACUGAAUAAUUUAUUCCCAUUCAAAAUCCUAUUUUCCCUAACCCCUAAACCUAAGCAUGACCCUAACUCUUAAACCUACCCCUAAACCUAACCCCUAACCCUAAUUGUA